UAUAAAGCAGUGAAAAAGGAAUUGAAAAUCGUAUGAGUGUUUCGCAUUGAAAACGCCAUGGCAAUGGGAGACAGUGAGCAGGAGGCCAUUGAUGACCUGAUUGCUUCACUUCCCCAAGAGAAACUUCUUAAUUUUCUUCCUUGCUGCCUUUUCCAAAACUUUUGGUACGCGAUCUCCAUGCUUCCUAAUGUCGUCGCGUGCCAAAGGCACUUCAAGGCCAAAGACAAGGACAUUGUUGUAGCCUCUGACCCCAAAUCGGGGACCACCUGGCUCAUGGCCAUAGCAUUCUCCAUUGUAAAUCGCUCCCGCUUCGACGCCUCAAACACACCAUUGCUCACUUCAAGCCCCCAUGAACUCGUCCCUCGCUUCGAGAUCGACUUGUUCAGGAAUAACUCGAGAUCCGAUCUUGAUGACAUGGAGGAGCCCAGGCUUUUCUCUACGCACCUACCUUAUCCAAGCUUGCCAGAGUGCGUCAAGCGGUCGGACUGCCGAAUCAUUUACAUCUGUCGGAAUCCGUUGGACACCGUGGUUUCCUCUUGGUACUUCUCCCUCGAGAUGGCGCGAUCAGCAGAGUGGCUAGAGUGGUCUUUGGAAGAGCAUUUUGAGAGCUAUUGCCAAGGUAAAUUCCCGCUCGGGCCCUUUUGGGAGCACAUGGUGGGGUAUUGGAAAGAGAGCUUGGAGAGACCACACAAGGUGCUGUUCCUCAAGUAUGAGGACUUGAAGGAAGAUAUUGGAGGACAGAUGAAGAAGGUGGCCCAGUUUGUGGGGCUCCCCUUCACUAAGGAGGAAGAGGAGGGAGGUGUGAUUGAAGAGAUAGCCAAAAUGUGCAGCUUGAAGACCCUCAAGAACCUGGAGGUCAAUAAAUCCGGCAAAUUACCUAGUAAAACCAUUGAGAAGAGAAGCUUUUUUAGGAAAGGCGAGGUGGGUGAUUGGGUUAACCAUCUCACUCCUUCCAUGGCAAAUCGCCUCAAUAGCAUCAUGCAAGAGAAAAUCGGCCCCUUCGGAUUACAUUUCAAAACACGUUGAGUGUUAAUUACUAUCACUUUCUCUAUGUGUGCUAUCAGAAAUAAACGGAAUUAAUAAUGGAUGGAUCUGCAGUCCUCCUUAUUGGUGUAGGAUGGAGAACUCAAGAAUCCUAGACUUCUCAGUUGCUAGAGACCAAAACAAGUACUCGAUGCUGAUCAUGUGUGAGAAGAAAAAAGAGAAUCUUUGGUUGCGGUGGCAGACUAAAUCUGAUAUUGUAAACUACUACAAUCCCACACUCAAUAUUAGUGAACGAUAUCAUAAUUUGCUAUAUGGCUCAUUCAAUAGCACACUGAAACAAGGUCUGAACAUCAUCAAUAGAAUUAUGAAACACUUAGACUA